CCUUCGGGCAGAGACGGAGCAAAAUGACAGGUUGAGCCGUGGGACUGUUGGCAGACACACUUUGGCAGGACUUUAUGUCUGACAACACAGAGAAGAUAUAAAGCGACGUCCAUGUCUAGGUGCACGACAGCCAACACGCCAGUCUACAGUCUCUGAUUCGGGAAUUUCUGGAAUCAAAAAAGGGUCAAAGAGUACUUGGAAAAUAUUUUUUAGAGAUUGUUUGACUUUUUUUUUUUGUUUGUUUGUUUCACUUAAUGAAAUGAGUGCCUGAAAGAUAAGACAAAGAGAGAUUCUUUGUACUUGUUCUGAUGGACUCUGAAUGCACUUUUGGACCACACUUCUCAGGGAGCCUUGGACCUGACGGAAUUGAUUGGCGUUCCCCUUCCUCCCUCCGUCUCAUUUGUUACGGGUUUUGAGGGUUACCCGGCCUACAGCUUCGGCCCGGAAGCCAAUGUGGGGCGACUCACGAAGUCAUUCAUCCCCGACCCAUUCUAUUAUGAUUUUGCCAUCACAGUCACAGCUAAGCCUACCACACGGCGGGGAGGUGUGCUGUUCGCAAUUACAGACGCUUACCAAAAGAUUGUACACUUGGGUGUAGCUUUGUCUGAAGUAGAGGAUGGUUCCCAGAGAGUCGUAUUGUACUACACAGACCCAGGAACAAGAGGUGGGACCCAGGAAGCAGCUUCCUUUAAAAUGGGAGACCUGACAGGAAGAUGGGCGAGGUUUACCCUGACUGUACAAGGAGCAGAGGUGCGUCUCUACAUGGACUGUGAGGAAUACCACCGAGUUGCCUUCACCAGGAGCCCUCAGCCUCUGACUUUCGAGGCCAGCUCGGGGAUCUUUGUAGGGAAUGCUGGGGGUACAGGCCUGGCGAGAUUUGUGGGCUCCAUCCAGCAGCUGGUGUUAAAGUCAGAUCCCACGGCCCCAGAUGACCAGUGUGAAGAGGACGAUCCUUAUGCCUCUGGAUAUGGAAGUGGUGAUGAUGCUUAUGAGGACCCGCAAGGAAGAGACGAAGUGAAGAAGGUUGUGGAGGAGAGAGAGUAUGCCAUGCCCUUCCCAGAGCUGGAUCCCACUUACAGCACCCCAGUCCGAGCUCCACCCACUGAGAUGUCGCGAUUUGAUGAUGAUGAGGAUGAUGAAAAUGUAGAGGAGAAUUCUGGACAGGAAGUGGAGGUGACCACAGAAGAAGUAAACUCAUUUCAGGCAGGUACUUCACCCUCCACACGUGACACUGUGUCUCUAGGACAGAAAGGGGAGCAGGGUGAGCCUGGUCCUCCUGGUCCCCCGGGACCACCUGGCCCUCCAGGACAAUCCUCAGGAGAUGGGGAAGGAGGGGAGCCAGGACCCCGGGGUCCACAAGGACCACAGGGACAUCCAGGCCCACCUGGAGUUCCUGGGACAGAUGGACAACCUGGAAGCAAAGGUGAAACUGGUGUCCCAGGAGCAACUGGGAUUCCUGGAUUCCCAGGACUACCAGGAGAGCCUGGUCCUAAGGGAGAAAAGGGUGAUCCUGGUGUUGGACUACCGGGUCCCCCAGGCCCUCCUGGACCUCCAGGUCAACCUAGCAAAUCUUUCCUGGAGGGUUCUGGAUUUGAAGACUUCGACAGUGAUGCUGAGAUUAUUAGAGGGCCUCCAGGGCCUCCUGGCCCCCCAGGACUGCCAGGACUGCCAGGGCUCCCAGGAGCCCCGUCUGAGGAUAUCUUUCCUGGACCACCUGGUGCCCCUGGGAAGGAUGGACAGAAGGGUGAACCUGGACUGCCUGGUGUUGAUGGAAAGGAUGGGGAUCCAGGACCUGUGGGGGAGAAAGGAGACAAGGGAGAUUCUGGUGUGAACGGGCAACCGGGACCAAAGGGAGAUCAGGGUCCUCCGGGGUUUCCAGGCCUACCAGGCUCAGAGGGUCCAGAAGGGCAGCCUGGUCCCAGGGGUCAGCCUGGUCCUCCUGGGCCUCCAGGUCCCCCUGGAAAAAGCUUUUCGUUGGACUUUGAGGACUUGGAAGGAUCUGGGAUCCUGAGUGGUUUUGGAGCUGGUCUCCCCAGAGGCCCACAGGGUCCUCCAGGAAUCCCUGGAUUACAAGGACCCGAGGGUAAAGAUGGUUUCCCCGGCCUCCCGGGAAGACCGGGUCCAAAGGGGGAGCCAGGGUCUUCAGGACCACCAGGGUCUCCUGGACUGGAGGGAAUUAAAGGGGCAGAGGGACCAAGGGGAGAAAAAGGUGAUCCAGGACAAAAGGGAGAGGCGGGACGGGACGGGCUCAGUUUGCCUGGCCCUCCAGGUCCACCUGGACCACCAGGACCCAUUGUCAACCUGCAGGAUCUUCUACUUAACGAUACAGAUGGAGCUUUCAACUUCUCAGGGAUUUUUGAAGCUCAGGGACCCACUGGACCUCGGGGUCCAAAGGGCGACGUUGGUUUGCCAGGAGUUCAAGGACCUCCAGGACUGAAAGGUGAAAAGGGUGAGCCAGGGUUUGGCAUCGCCGCAGAUGCGUCCAUGAUGUCAGGCCUGACUGGUCCGAUGGGACCCAAAGGAGACAAGGGUGAUAAUGGUGUACCAGGACCUGCUGGAGUUCAAGGUCCUAUGGGACCACCAGGACACAAAGGAGAUUUUGGUUUUCCUGGAAGACCUGGUCGUCCAGGCCUGAUGGGACCAAAAGGAGAGAGAGGGGACUCUGUAGGCCUGCCGGGACCUCCUGGUCCACCUGGGCUACCGGGCCGUCCAGGAAUAUUCAACUGCCCCAAAGGAACGGUCUUCCCCAUCCCUCCCAGACCUCACUGCAAAAUGGCUAACUGUUCGAGGAUGGUUCUGAAAUAUUCCUGCAUGCUGCACGUCCAGUCUGGAAAGGUGAAGGUUCAAUGCCAAAACAGUCACGAGCUUAAUCCCAAUGGAACCAUUCAAGUUGGUAACUGUCAGACGGGACCAAAAGGAGAAAAGGGGGAGAGAGGACUUCCUGGAAUGCCAGCACCACCAUACUCCUUUUUUCCCAAGGAGGGCUUGGAGACUAGCGGUAACCAGGGCAUUAAAGGAGAAAAGGGAGAAAAAGGGGAGGCGGGGUUGCCCGGGAGACCAGGUAUCCCUGGGAGACCAGGGCACAUGGGACCCAAGGGACAGUCAGUGGUUGGUCUACCAGGCCCUCCCGGGAUCCCUGGUGCACCGGGUUUGCCAGGCUUAGGCAGGCCAGGAAUGAUUGGUCCUCCUGGUCCACCAGGGCCUCCAGGACCCCCUGUGUUACCUUUAAGAUAUGGCUCAGCUUUGACCAUUGCUGGACCCACUGGCCCUCCUGGACCCCCUGGACCCCCUGGCCCUCCUGGACCUUCUGGUAACGCAGCAUCACUGAAAACAUUUUCGACCCGUGACGCUAUGAUGCAGCACACUGUCAGGGAUGCAGAGGGAACUCUGUCGUACGUCACAGCAACAGGAAGUCUCUUCCUUAAGGUUCCCCAGGGAUGGAAAGAGAUCCAGCUUGGCAGUCUGAUCUACCUCUCCAGUAACAUUAUCCCACAAGAUGAGCCUCGAGUUGCAUAUCAGAUACGAGGAGACACGGUGGAAAGAAUACGUUCAGUUAAUGAAAGGCUCAACCUCGUGGCCUUGAACCAGCCCCACUCGGGCGACAUGAUGGGUCUCAACACAGCUGACCGAAUGUGUUAUGAGCAAGCCAAGGCGAUGGGUUUGGCUCCAAACUACCGUGCCUUCAUUUCUUCUCACAGACAAGACCUGGUCCAUGUGGUCUAUCCUGGUUUCCGGGAAACUCUGCCAGUAACCAACCUCAGGGGAGAUGUGAUGUUUAAGAGCUGGCGAUCAAUUUUCAACGGCGACGGGGGGGCAAUCAAUACCAGGAUACCCAUCUACUCCUUUGAUGGCCGGGAUGUUUUAGCUGACCCCUUCUGGCCCGAGAAGAGUAUCUGGCACGGCUCCACCGGCAGGGGUCUCAGAGUGGUGGACAAACACUGUGAGAUGUGGCGAGCGGACCACAUGUCUGUCACAGGCCAGUCGUCGAGUCUGACCUCAGGUCUGCUCCUGGGCCAGCAGACACGGAGCUGUUCAAACCAGUACAUUGUUCUUUGCAUUGAGACCCACAAAAACUUUUAAGUCCACUCUGCCAAGGAACUCCUGCAGGCCACCAUAAAUGUUCAGCACUCGGGGAAAAGAUCUGAUUGUCUGCCUUAAAAAAAAAAAAAACGAUGUCAUUUGGUGCUUCAUGUAGCAUUUUGAGGACAACAUCUGACACCCUGUUGUUCACAAUGAGGAUGUUAGUACUUAUUAUUCUCCUCGCUCUUCUGACAUCACUCUGUCUUCUUUCUGAGGAGUCCAAAGAUUGUUGAGAUGCAUUUAAAAACUCUUGACUACAACCAAGAUAUAAUCUGGGAAGUUAAGCUAACAGAAGUUGAUCCUACACUGUGGAACUGGAAUCCUUUUGUGGAUUUCUUGCAAUCCAAAUAUGUGCCUUUUUAAAGCAGCGUCCCUUUUGUGUUGUAAAGCAGUCCAGAAGAAUUCCCCUUUUAUUGAACCUGGUGGCACAUAAUAUAAAAUGCCACAGAGACAGAGUCUUGAACGUAGUAAUGACAGUAACGUCUCAAAGAGAAUGUGGUAAUGAUUUAUUAAUGUUAAAUGAUACACACAGCACCUUUAACCUUUACUCAUGGAAAGUGGACAGACACAUCUGUUCCCCACGUCGUCACCCGGGUGUGUUGUCGAUAACACAUCUCUUUUUCAAGUUUAUCGUCUUUGUUGUUCAACAGUUUGAAAGCAGAGACUGGGUGGUUGCAGGAACCUGCAACCGUCAUGAAAUGUGGCAGUUUUUUUUUUUUUUUUUUACAAAUAAUAGAUUUCCAAAGACUUUUGUGAUGGAAGCUACUUUCACUAUUUUGUUUACAGAUGGAGAGUCUUAUGUUUUAAAAUUUCAUUUCACUAGAAGUUGUUUAAAGGGCACGAAGUUUGCUGCCAUAAUGUACAUCGUCCCUCGUCCAAAAGUGGGAUGACCAGAUUGCCAGUGUUUCCACCAAAGUAAUUUUAAUGCACUGUACUUUAUUUGAAAACAUAUUUCUUAGUUCAACAUUUUCAUCCUUGUUUGUGUUGUAUCUUUUCAAAUUUGACGAUCUCACUUCUUAGCAGCUCCGACUCUCACUGGGCUAUUUAAUUUAAACUCAAUGAUUUAUUUAUACCGUCACAGCACAUAACAUAAAAUCAGAUGAUUAAAUUUAAGAAUGUAAUUUAUCUUUUGUCGUUUGUCAAAUAACUGUUUCUUUUCACUUUUUGCAAUUUUCUAGUUUUUGUACUUUUUUUUGAUCUCUGGUGAAUACUGACGACAGUCAAGACUAAAUUUCCACCAAAUAUUUCAUGCAGAAAAAAAAAAUAAUGUUAGAGAAAAAAAUCCAAGAGAAAAAGUGAGAGCACAUGUUUUUGUAUAAAUAUUGGUGCUUUGUUGAAUAAAGUUUUCUCGUUUCUCA